AUGUACGUUUGCAAUAAAGAAGGGUUUAAAAGAUCAAAGACUAAUAGUUCAUGUGUGGGUGCAAAGAAACGACGUAGAGAUUUGAGGACCGGAUGUCAAGCAAUGCUUCGAAUUUCAAAAGGAAAAGAUGGGAUAUGGUUUGUGGACAUGUUUAACGAUACCCACAAUCAUGAGUUGAGCACUACACCUACAAAAGUAAUGAAACAUCGUUCUCAUGGGAAGUUACAUCGUUCAUUGGCAUGUAAAUCUCUUAUGAUAGUACUUGGUCAAUCGGGGUUAAAGCCUUCUCAAAUUAAAAAAGUUGUUAAUGCAAUGAAAACUCCACAGGACAUUGAUGUUACUUCAAAGCAAUGUGUGGAUGUCUUAUCUGAGCAACGAAGACAAUACAAAGGUAAGGAGUUUUAUGGGCUUAUCAAACAUUUUCAAGAUAAAGCAUUAGUAGAUGUUAACCAAUAUUUUGUUGUGGAUUUAUUUGAGGAUGGGUCACCUCGAAAUAUUUUUAGGGCCGAUGGAAGAUCAAGGGAUGCGUAUACUAAAUUCAGAGAUGUUGUGUUUGAUGUUACAUACAUGACGAACAAAUUUAAGAUGCCAUUUUCUCCAUUUGUUGGGGUGAACCAUCAUGGUCAAACCAUACUGUUUGGUGGUGCAUUGCUAGAAAAUGAAAAAGAAGAAACUUUCCGAUGGUUAUUUGAGCAUCUUUUAAAGUGCAUGUUCAACAAGCACCCAUCUGCAAUGAUAACCGAUCAAGAUAAGGCUAUAGGUAAUGCAAUAAAAAAAGUGUUUCCAAACACUCGACAUCGCUACUGUGCAUGGCAUAUUAAGAAGCAUGAGCUUGAACAUCUUCGACCGCUGGUAGCCCAUUAUAGUGAUUUUAAGGAGUCUUAUACACGAUGGGUAAAAAGUGAUACAAUUGAAGAAUUUGAAAAAGAUUGGGAAGUUAUGUGUAGUAAAUAUCACCUUGAAAAUUAUUGUUGGAUCACCGAUAUGUAUAACCAACGAAAACAUUGGGUUAAAGCCUACUUGAAGGAUGUUUUUUUGCUGGCAUGA